UGUCGCUGCUAUUCCGUGUAUUGUUGAUUAUUUUUCAAUCGGGGAGGCAACAUGUCGGAGCGAUCUUUGCCUGUCGAUAACCCGUUUGUUGACCCGUCUAUACACGAAACGCCUUCCGCACUCCAAGGCGAGGCUACGCUCUUCGUUGCUGAAGAUGCCUCCCUAACUCUCGGGGCCGACUCCCUCAUUAUUCUAGACGAUCGCUUCGUGCACCGAGAGGCUGCCAAUUGUUGCGGGCUACUGCCGACCAGAUCCAAGACGACUCACUCGAUUCCUCACUACAACAUCCUUGAUGCUUCGCUGGACGACCUCGAGCUGACCAUCCAACAUGCUCUGCCUACCUCCAAGACAUCUUGCCGCCCCUCGACUAUUUCCUACACGCUUAUCGAUAAAUCCUCCAUCAAUGCUGCCAAGUCAUGGCUAGCCAAACUGUUAGAUCUUGCCUACGGCAACUCGCAGAGAAACAAGAGAAUCAAGGUUCUGGUCAACCCCUUUGGUGGCCAAGGAGCUGCACGAAAGUUGUACGCGAGUGAAGUCGAACCACUUCUCAGGGCUGCUGGCUGCGAAAUAGAUGCACAGGAAACGACACACUCUGGUCAUGCUGUUGAAAUUGCCCGUCAACUCAACGUGGACGCCUAUGAUGUGGUGGCAUGUGCCUCUGGAGACGGUCUCCCUCACGAAGUAUUCAAUGGCCUCGCUCAACAACAAAAGCCACGCCGUGCUUUACGAAAGGUUGCCGUCGUCCAGCUGCCUUGUGGAUCAGGUAACGCCAUGUCUAUUAACCUCAACGGAACCAAUUCUCCAUCGUUUGCUGCUCUAGCCAUUGUCAAAGGAUUACGUACACCGCUAGACUUGAUGGCUGUGACGCAAGGAGAGAAAAUGUACUGGAGUUUCUUGAGCCAGGCUGUUGGUAUCAUCGCCGACUGUGAUCUGGGUACCGAGAAUAUGAGAUGGAUGGGAAGCGCCAGGUUUACGGUGGGUAUCUUGACGCGACUUCUGGGAAAGACAGUCUACCCAGCCGAGCUCGCUGUCAAGGUGGAUAUAGACGACAAGCAGGCCAUCAAAGCCGCAUACAGCCACGUCAGGUCUCAACGUGAGGAUGUUUCUGGAAGAAGAGAAUGGGAAGCACAUCAAGACCUGGACGGCGAUAAGCAUGAUUCGCUUCCGGCCCUCCAAUACGGCUCUGUGCUCCAAGAUGUGCCCUCUGACUGGGAAAAGGCAUCACUACCCACACUCGGCAAUUUUUAUUGCGGCAACAUGGCAUACAUGUCACCCGACACUCCAUUCUUUGCUGCUGCUCUACCAUCCGACAACCACAUCGACAUGGUCAACGUUGACGGAGCCAUCCCGCGUCUCAAGGCGCUCGACAUGAUCCUAGCGGUCGAGCAGAACAAGAUGUUUGACAUGGACGUUGUCAACUACCGCAAAGUGAGCGCUUAUCGAAUCAGCCCCAAGCUAAGACCCGGUCAGAAGGUCGGAUAUAUCAGCAUUGAUGGAGAGAAGGUACCCUUCGAGCCUUUCCAAGUAGAAAUAGUCGGCGGGUUGGGCACGGUGUUGAGCCGAAACGGAGCUGUCUAUGAGUUUGAGGGACCAAAGUAAAUACGGUCUGGUUCACUGGAGUUCUUGAGUUGGUGUUUGUGUUGUGUUUUCAUGAUACCCUUCCGGCGGUUAGUAUAGACAAGAGGCUCUUUUUCUUCUCAGAUAGGUUGGCAUAACGGCGU